AUGGGUGGGGGUACGGUGUGCAUGCUACCCCUCUUUUCUGUGUCGCCUUCUCGCAUCCCUUUCCUCACUGUCACAUCCUUUCUGUGUGCCCCCACCCAGUUCACCUACCCCAGCGACAACACAACAGUGCAGCGCGUGAGACGCAUGGUGAGCAUGCUGUACACGCCCGCCACCAGCUUCCCAUCUUCCCUGUCCCCAUCGCCCCCAUCUCCCCCAUCUCCCCUCCACAUCCCCCAUCUCCCCCAUCCCACCCAGUUCACCUACCCCAGUGCCAACACCACGGUGCAGCGCGUGGGGCGGAUGGUGAGCAUGCUGUACACGCCCGCCACGAGCUUCUACCACUCCAUCAUCGAGUGGGUGCCGCAGUGGCUCGUGCUGCGAGAGCUUCUAGAAGAACAUCCGAACAUUCUCAUCGUUAUGCGCGCGGCUCAGGUACGAGAGAGGGGGAGAGAGCAUGCUACGAGCAGAGCAGAGAUGGUGAGCAUGCUGUACACCCCCGCCACGAGCUUCUACCACUCCAUCAUCGAGUGGAUGCCGCAGUGGCUCGUGCUGAGGGAGCUGCUGCAGGAGCAUCCGAAGAUCCUCAUUGUUAUGCGGGCAGCUCAGUGGCUCGUGCUGAGGGAACUGUUGCAGGAGCACCCCAACAUUCUAGUCGUGAUGCGCGCUGCUCAGUGGCUCGUGCUGAGAGAACUGCUGGAGGAGCAUCCGAACAUGCUCAUUGUUAUGCGCUCUGCUCAGUGGCUCGUGCUGAGGGAGCUGCUGCAGGAGCACCCGAAUGUACUUAGUGUCAUGCGCGCUGCCCAGGUGAGAGGGAGGGCAUUAUUGGACUUAAACGGAAAGGCAAACACUGAGAUGCUGAGGGAGCUGCUCCAGGAGCACCCGAAUGUACUUAGUGUCAUGCGCGCUGCCCAGGUGAGAGGGAGGGCAUUAUUGGACUUAAACGGAAAGGCAAACACUGAGAUGCUGAGGGAGCUGCUGCAGGAGCACCCGAAUGUACUUAGUGUCAUGUGCGCUGCCCAGGUGAGAGGGAGGGCAUUAUUGGACUUAAACGGAAAGGCAAACACUGAGAUGCUGAGGGAGCUGCUGCAGGAGCACCCGAAUGUACUUAGUGUCAUGCGCGCUGCCCAGGUGAGAGGGAGGGCAUUAUUGGACUUAAACGGAAAGGCAAACACUGAGAUGCUGAGGGAGCUGCUCCAGGAGCACCCGAAUGUACUUAGUGUCAUGCGCGCUGCCCAGGUGAGAGGGAGGGCAUUAUUGGACUUAAACGGAAAGGCAAACACUGAGAUGCUGAGGGAGCUGCUGCAGGAGCACCCGAAUGUACUUAGUGUCAUGCGCGCUGCCCAGGUGAGAGGGAGGGCAUUAUUGGACUUAAACGGAAAGGCAAACACUGAGAUGCUGAGGGAGCUGCUGCAGGAGCACCCGAAUGUACUUAGUGUCAUGCGCGCUGCCCAGGUGAGAGGGAGGGCAUUAUUGGACUUAAACGGAAAGGCAAACACUGAGAUGCUGAGGGAGCUGCUCCAGGAGCACCCGAAUGUACUUAGUGUCAUGCGCGCUGCCCAGGUGAGAGGGAGGGCAUUAUUGGACUUAAACGGAAAGGCAAACACUGAGAUGCUGAGGGAGCUGCUGCAGGAGCACCCGAAUGUACUUAGUGUCAUGCGCGCUGCCCAGGUGAGAGGGAUGGCAUUAUUGGACUUAAACGGAAAGGCAAACACUGAGAUGCUGAGGGAGCUGCUCCAGGAGCACCCGAAUGUACUUAGUGUCAUGCGUGCUGCCCAGGUGAGAGGGAGGGCAUUAUUGGACUUAAACGGAAAGGCAAACACUGAGAUGCUGAGGGAGCUGCUCCAGGAGCACCCGAAUGUACUUAGUGUCAUGCGCGCUGCCCAGCUCCAGCUGUACAACAAUACCUUAAAGCACAUAGUGGGGGUGGAGCCAGCGCACAUGAAUCUGCUCGUGCUCGAUUGGCAGCACCGCAACACCCUCUUCCUCGCACAGGCACUCUAUCAGCCUGUCUACCGCUGCUGCGGCCGGGCCACACCCACCAUCUGGCGCUUCCUCCGCCGGAACUUUUUCCUUCCGCCCGACGGGCUGCCCAUUUUUGAGCCUGAAACUUUCCGCCUCCGCCGAACCUCCCCACUUAAUUACCAAGACAUGACAGACUUACUUAGCCAGCGUGAGGAACAACAGUCACACCAUCCCCGGCGGCUCGACGUGCUGAAGCCCGGACCUCUGCCGAGCCUAGCGGAGACGUUCGGGAUGACGACGGGGCUGAACUGGGUGACGAUCCUGGUUCGGAGGCCCGGGAAUCUGUCUAGAAAUCUGGAGGAGAGUGUGUAUGAGAGGGUGGAGGGGUGGAUGAGGAAGGAGUUUGGGGAGAGGCGAGUGGUGGUGUUUGAUGGAACUCUGCCUCUCAUGGAAGCCCGGGCUCUCUUCCGCCGAGCCGCCCUAUUGGUCGGCACGCACGGGGCCGCCCUGACCAACCUCCUCUUCAUGCCACGUGGCGCUUUCCUACUGGAAAUCCGCCCCCGGGGUUACCCCAACGCGUGUUACCACCACCUAGCCAGCGUGUCGCAGAUGCACUAUUGGCUGCUGCUGGGGAAUGGGACAAAAGACUCCGCCCUGCAAGUGGACACAGGGGAGGUGUUAUCUACGAUAAGGGAAGUUGCUGGAAAGGUGUUUGCUGCUCUGAGGGGAGAGCCGAAAGACAUGGGGGAGAGAUUGGAAGAGAGAGCAAAAAGGGGAGAGGAAGAGGAAGGAAAGAAAGUUAAGGAGGGGAGCAUUGCAGGGGUAAAGAUCGGAGGGAAAGAGAUUGGCAGCAGUGGUGGUGCCGCUGCCAACAAAUCCGCGCUGCUCUCUCCCACGUCCUGCUCAAACCUGCCUCAGUUCGGCCGCAUGCUGAGAUCGGCGCUCUCAGAGGCGCCCGUGAAAGGCGGGCUGCAGGCCGCAGGGGAUGCGCGGUGGCGGCGGUGGGUUGGGGGGGAGGCGGAGUGGCGAAUGGGCGGGACUCUGUUUGUGCCUCUGACGCACCAGACCACCAACGUGGCACACUUUCUAGGCAAGGCGGCACAUAUUCUUCUCGUGAACAACGUGACAGUUAAGAGCGGCCUGCCACGUGUCGAUCGGUUCUUGCUCCCCCGUGCCGACUGGACCGUGCACAGAAUGAAGGAGCACGGACCACACGGCUGGCUGCCAUCAAUGCUGCACCUCCUCCUCCGCAUGGCACUCGAGCCUCUCCUCCCCGCCUCCCUCCUCCCCUCCCUCCUCGCCUCCAUCUCGCCUUCCUCCCUCCUCUCCCCCGGCCCUCUGGCUGGAGGGCGGGUGGAGUUUGAGGGGCAGUUGAAUGCUGCAAGCGAUGAGAGGCCCAUGUGCUUCCAGACACUCGUGGUGCCCGGAUUUCUCAAGGCCAUCACAUUCAACGGUAUGGCGGAGGAGGCAGAGGUGGUGAGGCAGCGACUGAGGGAGGUGUUUCUCACUCCCGACGGCCAACCGGUGCCCGAUAUCAUGGCCGCGAGCUCUGGUGGUGGUGGAAGUGCUGGUGACAGCAGCAGCAGCAGCAGUAGCAGCAGCGGUGGCAGCGGCGGCAGCAGCGGUGGCAGCGGCGGCAGCAGCGGUGGUGGCGGCAGCAGCGGCGAUCGGCACUACCCUGACGAUGGGUCGCGGGUGCGGCUGCUGUAUGUGACGCGCAACGACACCAUGACCACUGGGAGGAGAGUUAUGCACCCUGACAGCCACAAGGCCCUACAAGAGCUUUUCAACCAGAUGGGUUUCGAGGUGACAAUGACAGAAUACGCAGUCCUCCCUUUUUCCCAACAGCUAGCCCUCACUGAUUCCGCUGAAGUGAUCGUGGCCCUACACGGUGACAAUGACAGAAUACGCCGUCCUCCCUUUCUCCCAACAGCUAGCCCUCACUGA